AUGAUGUCAUCGGAGUAAACAGAAAAGAUGGCGACGCCAUACAAGGGAGAUCGGGUUUUAGGGACAAACGAUGUUAUUUCAGAGAGUUUCGCCAAACAGUUAACCGAUUUACCAGCGGAAUUAUUAGAGCAUAUAUUGAGCUUCCCUGUUCUAAACCAUAUCGACAUUUGCAACGUUUCCUGCACGUGCAAGAGGCUGCAUGACGUGUGCCAUGGCAGGGGGAAGGUCUGGGCGCAUCAGUACAAACUCAGGUGGCCCAGGCUGCAGAGAUUUUAUCAGCAAAAUGAGUCAUACGAUUGGCUGAAAGAAUUCAAAACCCGGCACAUGGUUGGUCAACAGAUAAGAAGAACAGUAGAGUCUAUUUCCAAGAGGUUCUUCACAGAAGUUCCUUGCGUUGGUCAGGUUCUUGGAGACAGCUUUGCGGAAAUCGAGUCUCUUGGUGCUCCAGAACACUUCUGUGAGGAUGAGCUGCUUGGCAUUUUGAACUCGGACAAAAGGAAAUGUUUGACACUUAAGUACUAUGCAAAGAAAAUCCUGUACUUCCUCCGGCAGCAGAACAUUCUGAGGAAUUUGAAGGCUUUCCUUGAGAGACCACCAGAACAACAAUCAGCCCUUGAAGGUGCUGUUUUUGUCGAUCAGUAUUGCAACCCUCUGGCUGAUAUCACUUUUGAGAGCAUAUCUGCGCAGAUAGAAGAAAUCACUGACAAGGUGAAGAAGUGUCUGCGAGUAAAGAAUGCCACACAUCCAAGUCUACGAGCCAGUCAAGGUGACUGCUUUGUUCUGGAAAACCUGGAGUUUCAAAGGCAAGUCAUAUGUGCUCUGAAUACUGUGCUGUAUGACCAGCUACAGUACAAGGGCAAUGAGCGAGACUACUACAAUCCACUCAACUCAUAUAUACAUCAGGUGCUGCUCCGUCAGACAGGCAUUCCCAUCAGCCUCUCUGUGCUUUACAUGACUCUGGCCAGGAAAUUAGGAGUUCCUCUGGAGCCUGUCAACUUCCCCAACCAUUUCCUGCUCCGAUGGUGCCAAAAUCAAAGGAGGAGUGAUGACAUCUACGACUAUGUAUACAUUGACACGUUUGGUAAAGGAAAGCAGCUGGCUGCUAAAGAGUGUGAGAAUCUGAUCCGACACCAGGUGGGAGCAGAUUACUACAGCGCUAUAAGCACCAGCGAGCUGCUGCUGCGGAUGGUGGGAAACCUGCUUAACAUCGGCAAAAGAGGGGAAGGGAAUGAGAAAUCAUAUCAGCUCUUGCGGGACUCGCUGGAUCUCUACCUCACUAUCAACCCUGAUAAUGUGCAGUAUCUUCUGCUGCAGGCCCGUCUCUACUUCCACCUGGGCAUCUGGCCUGAGAAAGUGUUGGAUAUCCUACAGCAUAUCCAGGCUCUGGACCCGUCUCAGCAUGGAGCGGUCGGGUAUCUGGUGCAGCAUACUCUCGAGCAUAUCCAGCAUAAGAGGCAUCCGGUAGAGCCGGAAGUGAAGAGACGCAGCACGCCUGAGCACAGAGACGUACUGUACUCUGUAGGCCUCAUCAUGAAGCAUAAGAGGUCAGGCUACAACUGUGUUAUCUACGGGUGGGACCCUAAAUGCACCAUGAGUCAGGAGUGGAUUAACACUAUGAGGGUCCAUCAGCUGUCUAAGGGGGCUGAUCAGCCAUUCUACAACGUCCUAGUGCAGGAUGGGACAUGUAGAUAUGCUGCGCAAGAGAAUCUGGAGCCUCACUCCACCCCGCUGGAGAUCGCUCACCCUGAGGUCGGCCGCUACUUCACCGAGUUCUCUGACACACACUAUAUCGCUAAUGAAGAGCUCCAGGCGCGUUACCCAGAGGACAUGUGCAAGACCCACAGGACUGUAGAGGAGCUCUACCACGGUCUCAACCCCAACUCAGGGCAGACACCGGAGCCCACCGCCAACUUCCAGGACCACGAUUUGUUAGAUCCAUAGACAGGAAUGCCACCUCCUUCCUUCCCUCCCUCCCCUCUGUAGAUGCGUAAUGUCAUUCACUUUCUCCUGAACUGUUACAACUGUUAAGGGACUGAAUUUGAAGUUUGAAGAACUAGUUAUAGGAAUAGUUCACCCAAAAAUGAAAAUUUGCUGAACAUUUACUCAACCUCAGGUCUUCCAAUAUGUAGAUGAGUUUAUUUCUUCAUCAGAACAGAUUUGGAGGAAUGUAGCAUUACAUCACUUGCUCACCAUUGGAUCCUCUGCAGUGAAUGGGUGCCGUCAGAAUGAGAGUCCAAACAGCUGAUAAAAGCAUCAUAAUAAUCCACAAGUAAUCCCAGACGACUCCAGUCAAUCAAUUAAUGUCUUGUGAAAUGAAAAGCUGCAUGUUUGUAAGAAACAAAUGCAUCAUUAAGGCAUUUAAAUCAUCACUUUAAUUACGAGUCCAUAAUCCAAAAUAAUGCAUUGUCCAGUGAAAAAGUCCAUCCCCCAAAAAAAUCUAAAUCCACUGACAGAACUGUUUUGAACUGUUUUCCCUGGAAAACGGUGCUUGAUCUGUGCAUAUUUCUCUCCAGAUUUCAUUGGAGACAGCAAUUGUAUAGAUAAAAAACAUCUUGAUGCAUUUGUUUCUUACAAACAUGCAGCUUUUCACUUCACAUGGCAUUAAUUGACAGACUGGAGAUGUGUGGAUUGCUUGCGGACUAUUGUAAUGUUUUUAUCAGCUGUUUGGACUCUCAUUCUGACGGCACCCAUUCACUGCACAGGAUCCAUUGGUGAGCAAGAGAUGCUAAAUUUCUCCAAAUCUGUUCUGAUGAAGAAACAAACUCAUCUACAUCUUGGAUGGCCUGAUGAUGAGUAUAUUUUCAUUUUUGGGUGAACAGUUCCUUUAAGGCAAAAACCAGUCUAAGAUCAGUAGUCUUUCUCGAAUUCAUUUCAACUACAACAUCCUGGUCCUAGAUUAGUUUUAAACGCAACUUUGACCCAGAGCUGCAAAUGUAAUCUAAGCUGAAAGAAACUACAUGUGUUGUAUUUGAGUGGUUGAGUAUAAAUGAUGUGGUUGAGUUACAGUAUUUGUGCAGAUACAAAAUAUACUCUAGAUAGUAUGUAUAGACUAUGUGAACUUACACUACAGAGGGUCUGAAUAUCUGUAUAUGUGUUGAUGAUCAGCUUCAGGCCCGUUCCUUAUGCCAUCAGUCAUAACACAUCUCACUGAACUAAUGCACUAAUGUCACAUAUGUUAAUAUGUUAACUAACAUGCACUUGACAUGAGAUAAAAUAUCUAAAGCUGUCACCUUAAAAUAUUUUGUAAUGUUUAUUUCAAAGUUAUAAAAAAAAAGAAAGAAAAAACCUAGAGAACAAGGGCUCAAGGAAUUCUUGGCUCAUAGUGGUUGUAAAUAUAAAAGUAUUGAGAAUAUAAGAGAAUGAAUCACAAUAAAAGAAUAAGCUCUA